GCUUUGGUUUGUCACUUCUGCGCCGGUUCGUUGAAGUCAUAUACGGCUUUGCCUUAUUGUUAUUGUCAAUCAAAAAAUAAAAUUUGGGUGCAGGUGUUUAAUUUCUAAUUUUUAAAUAAUAUUUUGGUUCAUUGUAGGCGCUAGACGAAGCUGUCCGAGUAGCUGGUGUACUUACGAUACAUCUGAGGUCACUAAGGUUUGGUGAGGUGGUGGCAGCAUGGCUCAGCCGCAGGCGAGCCUGACUGCUGGUGCAGCGCUGGUAUCUUUGUCUGGAGCGCAGACAGCCACGGGCACAGUCAACAUGAAUGUGCAGCCCACAUAUGUGACACUGGCACCUGGUCAGCAGCUGAUUGGACACAGCCCACAGCCUUCUGCGGUGCUGGCUGGCACUCUAGUGGCCAAGCCACCCGGUAUGGCUGCGCUGGCGGCUCCCACGGUCCAGCAGAGUGUGGUGACCCUGCAGCAGCCGCAGGUACAGCCGACGCAGUCGCAGCCGGCGGCGGCGGCGGCCCCGCAGCAGCAGCGACAGUCUGCCGGCGCCGCGGCCGCCGCCAGUGCCGCAGCCACCGGUGAUCUACUGACGAAGCAGCGUCUUCACGAGCUGGUGAAGGAGGUGGACCCGAACGAGCAGCUGGACGAGGAGGUGGAGGAGCUGCUGCUGCAGCUGGCCGACGACUUCAUCGAGAGCACCGUCAGCACCGCCUGCCAGCUGGCCAAACACCGCAAGGCGGCCACCGUGGACGUCAAGGACGUCCAGCUCUACCUCGAGCGCAAGUGGAACAUGUGGAUCCCGGGUUUCGGCACCGAGGAGAUUCGUCCGUACAAACGCAGCGGCGCCACGGAGGCGCACAAACAGCGGAUGGCCAUCAUUCGCAAGGCGCUGAAGAAGUACUGACGGCUGCCGGGACGGGGUGGACUCCCCUCGCAGUGUGCGCUCGGUGGGCGACCGGGGCCGGUGCCGGCGGUACCGCGCAGGGGAGGGGGUGGGUUUGGACGGACACUCGUGGUACGUAGUGGUUGAUGGUAUGCGUGCUACUGGGCGGUAUACGUGGAUGUGUGUUCACGGAAUGAAUGUUAAUGUCGUGCGUGACGAGGUUCGUGUGUUGUCGUGUGGUGGUGUGUCUAACAAACUUAUAUGCAGUGAGGCUGCCUGCGUAUUAUUAGUAUCAAUGCUGGCGGCGUGGGCAUGGAAGGUGGUGUGGCCGCGGGUGGAUGAGAGGUGUAACGUGUGUAAUGUGUAGUUCAUGAAGAAAUAUCGUGCGCGCGCGUGUGCUGAUAUUUACGUGAAAGUCACUGUUGUCGCGGCAUAUCGUGUGUCAAGUUGAAUCGCCAUGGGAUUACUGGACUUGCAUCUUUGUCUCAUUAUGCCACCUUUUGUAACGACGUCGUAAUGCUGAAUACAUGCGAUCUCUCAA